GGGACCGCGCAAGCGCGCAGCCCGUCCCGGCUCUGGAGCAUAAACAAGAGUGGGGACGGGAUGAGGCGGCAGUUGGUCCCCGCGCAGCGAGAGGCGGCGAGCGGGGCGACCUGCCGGACCGGGCGUCGAUACUGAGUGUAGCGUGCUCCCGCGGGUCGCCCGAGUCGAGCUGCGCGCGCUCCCGCCAAGGGGGGUCCGAGGCCGUCGCGCGCUCGCAGCCAUGAACCUGGCGAGCCAGAGCGGAGAGGCCGGCGCCGGCCAGCUGCUGUUCGCCAACUUCAACCAGGAUAACACGUCCCUAGCUGUUGGUAGUAAGUCCGGGUAUAAGUUUUUCUCCCUUUCUUCUGUGGAUAAGCUGGAACAGAUCUAUGAAUGCACUGACACUGAAGAUGUCUGCAUUGUGGAGAGAUUGUUCUCAAGCAGCUUGGUGGCCAUUGUCAGCCUCAAAGCCCCCAGGAAGCUGAAGGUUUGCCACUUUAAGAAGGGAACUGAGAUAUGCAACUACAGCUACUCCAACACAAUCCUGGCUGUGAAGCUGAACAGGCAGCGGCUCAUUGUGUGUCUGGAAGAGUCGCUCUACAUACACAACAUCCGGGACAUGAAGGUACUUCAUACCAUCCGAGAGACACCCCCAAACCCUGCAGGCUUGUGUGCACUGUCAAUAAACAAUGACAACUGUUACUUGGCGUAUCCAGGGAGUGCGAGCAUUGGAGAGGUGCAGGUCUUCGACACCAUUAACUUGAGAGCUGCAAACAUGAUCCCAGCUCAUGAUAGUCCCUUAGCAGCCCUGGCUUUUGAUGCAAGUGGGACCAAGCUUGCCACUGCUUCUGAGAAGGGGACUGUGAUUCGGGUGUUUUCCAUUCCAGAGGGACAGAAGCUGUUUGAGUUCAGGAGAGGAGUGAAGAGGUGUGUGAGCAUCUGCUCCCUGGCCUUCAGCAUGGACGGCAUGUUCCUCUCUGCAUCCAGCAACACCGAAACAGUGCACAUCUUCAAGCUUGAGGCUGUGAGGGAAAAACCUCCGGAAGAGCCCACCACCUGGACUGGCUACUUUGGGAAGGUUCUCAUGGCAUCUACCAGCUACCUGCCCUCACAAGUGACAGAAAUGUUCAACCAGGGCAGGGCCUUCGCCACUGUCCGCCUGCCAUUCUGUGGCCACAAAAACAUCUGCUCACUAACCACAAUUCAGAAGAUCCCACGAUUGCUGGUAGGAGCAUCAGAUGGCUAUUUGUACAUGUACAACCUGGACCCCCAGGAGGGCGGCGAGUGUGCGCUGAUGCGUCAGCACAGGCUUGAUGGCAGUAUGGAGACGACCAGUGAAAUCGUAGACUCUGCAUCUCAUGACUGCCCCUUAGCAACGCAGACAUACGGCACAGCAGCUGCCAAAGGUGCCUAUGUGCCCUCGUCCCCCACAAGACUUGGGAAAGGGCAGGACGCCAACUUAGAAGCCUACACAGAUGACCUGGGUGCUGUGGGUGGUGCAUGCCUAGAGGAUGAAGCCAGUGCUCUGCGCCUGGAUGAAGACAGCGAACAUCCUCCCAUGAUUCUCCGGACUGACUGAUCCUGACCUGUGAACUCCGGCCCAGGAGCAGACAACACUGCCUGGCUGAGGACUUGAGCAUUGCUGCUAUGAACUUUGACCUGAAUUGAGGGAGAGGAUGGCAGAGACUUAAAGCAGAGGUUGUAGUUAUAGCCUAUUCAUACUGUUGAGAAAAUACAGUUUUCACUUCAGUGACUUUAAUCCUGCUUAUGAAUUUAGCUUUUUAUUUUCUCUCACUCUUUAAUUUUUUUUAAUCUUUUUUUUUUCUUUUUUCUUUUUCUUUUUUGCCAAAAUUAACUAUUUGGUGAAGUCUGUGGAGUCUCCUUGCUUUGCAUGUGUGAUGUGCCAAGCCAGCAUAGGAGAGAGAGUGGAGUGGCCACUCCAUAGCAAGCCACAGUCAUCAGGUCUCAUGCCAGGGCACGCAUGAAGAAGUCUGCGUGCAGCGAUUCUGCAGGGACAGGGCCCAUGUGCCCACCAAGACCAGCCAGGGCACCAGUGGACAGUGGCCUCUGUCAGGAGUCCUCUUGCCCUACUGCCCCACCUGGGCCAUUUUCCCUCCCAAUUUAUUAAACUCUUUCCAGAUUGGAUCAUUCUGGGACUAGCUUCCUCCACUGGAGGACUGUUGUUCUGGGUCCUAGUCUCCAUGGGCAUCUUGAGAGGGAGAGGGCCAGUUUCUGUUCUCUGUGCCUUCUCUUCUGACAGGUGAACUUGGCAGUCUACCAGGGCAGCCUGGAACCUCGAAAGGUGAUAUCUCAGUGUCGUUAAAUGCUCUGUCUCCUCCUGUCCCCAUCCAUAACUGUGACUUGGUUUUUAUUGUUGUUGUUGUUUUUAAAGGAGAGUCUAUAGCUAUUCCAAUUCCCAAAAAAGCACAAAGGUGUAAGGAUGCUAGGUCAGGGUCAGCCUCUGCUGACCUGGAGCAGUGCUGUCUGCCAGAGGCUCUUCUCCCUCCCCAGAAAGAGCAGAGAGUAGAGGGGCCCCUCCCCAUCCCGGGGAGGCGGCAGGAGACUCCCUCCUGGGGUGAUGUGCCUUUUCUUUUGAUCUUACAAGGGCAGGAAAGUGAGGUCAGAUGUCAGUGCUGCCCUGCGCCUGUCUGCUUUUGAUUGUUUGCUGUCUUUGGGGAAGGUGUGGUCUCACACUACACCCCAGGCUCUGGAACUCACUAUAAAGCCCAGGCUGGUCUCAGACUUAAAGUAGUCCCCCUGCCUCAACUUCCUGUUAAUUGGAAUUACAGGUACUGCUGUGCUGGGCUCUGUUCUCAGCUCUAUAGAAUAAGAAGUUGAGGUCCUCAAAUCUGCAUUCUAAAGAACAGAGCCCAGCAGUGAAGCCCAAGGGUGUGGCAGUGGCUUCUGCACUAUGGCUUUAGGUGCAGGGGUUUUGGAGCAGGAAAUCUGGAUAAUGUUGGGGUACCAGGUUAAUCCAGCCCAGGUCAGGCAUCCGGAUAAGAGGGACUACAGGUAGCUAGCUGCCUUCAGGCCAGUGUGGUUAUGUCUGGUAGAGUAUAUCUGCAGGGUGCCUGUAGCUAAAUCUGCUGAGGUUCCCUGUUCCUGCUGUUCAAGGAUGGCUAAUCACAUAAUUGGGGUUUGAGGGACACCCACUGUUAGUUCUGGCUGCUGUUGGCACCUGUGCCCUGGAGCAUCCGAGGAGCCAAACAGUGAGGCAGGGUUAGGCUGUGUGUGCUGGACUUUAAACUAUGAAUGUCCUGGACCCUAAUGACCUGGGACGACCCCAGCCUGUGGCCAAGUUCAGUGACUACUUCACUGGGAGACUAAAACUGGCCUUCACAGGAACUGACUGUGGGAAGCACACGGGGCUGAUUGGGAGCUGGGGUUUCCUGGAACCAAAGAGUGUGGCUGUUGCGCUGGUGACCUUGGCUUUGUGCUCUGGGUUUAGAGCUCAGCUCCCUCUGCUGAGGUCUCUCUAGGGAGCUGGGGUUUCACAGACAGUUGGAGCUCAUGUCUCCCUAAAGCAUGGUUUCCUCACUUGGAAACUUGGUCAGAAAAAGGCCGCUCCUGGAGUCUGGGGCUGUGCCUUCCAUCAGUGGUCUUGCCAGGCUAGGCAAAUUUGGUGAGCCUUCCUCUCUUGGGACAGAUGUGCCCAUCCCACAGAGGUCAGAAAAGCAAAGGAUUAGGCUCUGUGACCUCAGGCAAUCCGUACAGCACUCGCAGGCCUCAGGUGAGGGAGAGAGUGGCUGGCUGAGGUCAGCACUCGCUGUUGGGAUGCAGACAGUAGAGCCAGGCCUCAGCAGGACUCAGGUCCAAAGGUAAGAGAACAUUUUGGAAUCUGGUGUGACACACACCUGUAAUCCCAGCAGUCAAGAGAGUGAGGCAGGAGCAUGGCUGUAAAUUUGAGGCCAGCCUAGACUAUAUACUCCUGGGCAAACCUGGCCUACAGAGUGAGACCCUGUCUCAAAAAACCAAAGGAUGAUGACUUUAAGAAAAGAAAGAAAAAAAAACAAAAACAACGGGGAAUGGGAGUUGUAAAACCCCCCAAAAUUUUAUAAGAUUAGUGUGGAUUGGGACCAAAGCUUUUGUAUUUUCUCAGACAAUGAAAGCAAGAGUUGGAGUCCCUUGUCCUGCCUACACCAACAAGUGUGAGCUAGGGGCAGGUCUCAGGGGUCUGAGGUUGGACUGUACGAGAACCCUACCUCACAGGGCUGUUGUGAGGUGUGUGGGGGCAUGUCCUGUGGGUACCCAGUGCUGGGGCUGGCCAGCAAUGGACUCCAAUAAACACUAAAACUGAAAA